ACCAGUCAGACCAAGCAUGCAGCCACUUAGCUGGGAGAAUUGGUGUGGAAUGAGUCAGUGCUAUGCUGUAUCUGCAGCCUGUGCCGGCUGCUGAUGAGGAAGUGACUCCUGUGCCGUAUCAUCCCCGAGACAUGCAGUCCGGAAUAUGGUGAGCUGCUCAUAUGCCGGUCUGGGAUAUAAUUUUCUUACAAAGAUGAAUCUCCUACGGUUAGCACUGAAGAUAAAAGCUGUUGUUCUGCACUGUUCUUUCUGUAGUAAACAGCAAUAGCAUCAACAGCAAGCUGUAAUGGUGCUGAAGAGGAUCAGCAGCCUUUUGAGAUCGUCUUUAAAAGGAAGAAGUGUCAUUCAACCAGCAGAAAACAAAUGAGUGCCAAGAGCAGACUUCUACCCAGCAUGAAGUGACAAAGCUCUUCCCAUCUAGAAAAUGGAAAAACAGUCGUAAAUGUACCUCAGAAUUAGAAAAACCAGUACCUGUGCUGCAUACCUACGUGGAUUUGAGACCCCAAUAAGGAUGCAACUGGGCUGUGAAUCCGUAAAUGGCUCUUGCAUAAGGAGCAGCUGGUCAAACAGUAUCCGUAUUUCCAUGUACAUCUUCAUGGCUUGCAUUAUUUUGGCCACAGUGGUCGGAAAUUUGACUGUUAUCAUCUCAAUAUCACAUUUCAAGCAGCUCCACACGCCUACAAAUUUCCUCAUCCUUUCAAUGGCCACCGUAGACUUCCUGCUGGGAUUCUUCAUCAUGCCCUGCAGCAUGGUGCGCUCUGUUGAGCACUGCUGGUAUUUUGGGGAGUUCUUCUGCAAGAUCCACACGAGCAUGGACAUUAUGCUGAGCACAGCUUCUAUCUUCCAUCUUUCCUUCAUAUCCAUCGACCGCUACUAUGCCGUGUGUGACCCUUUAAGAUACAAAUCAAAGAUAAAUACUUUCGUCAUUGUGGUCAUGGUGUGUAUAAGCUGGAUGGUCCCUGCUGCUUUUGCUUUUGGGAUGAUCUUUCUAGACCUAAACUUGAGAGGGGCAGAAAAGAUUUAGAUCAUGUACUCUGUAGCCAAGAAGCAGGCAAGAUCCAUCGAUGCAAUUAGCAGAAAAAAAAUGCAAUUUGAAAUGAAGCAGCACAUUUCAUUCUGCAGAGAAAGGAAAGCUGCUAAGACUUUAGGCAUAAUAAUGGGAGUGUUUCUCAUCUGCUGGACUCCAUUCUUCUUCUUUACAGCUACCAAUCCGUUUAUGAAUUACGUGAUACCUCCUGUUCUCAUUGAUGCUUUGGUUUGGUUUGGCUAUUUAAAUUCUACAUUUAACCCAAUUGUUUAUGCAUUUUUUUACAUGUGGUUUCGCAGGGCAUUGAAAAUUAUUCUGUUUGGAAAAGUUUUUCAACAGGACUCUUCCAGGACUCAUUUGUUUUCAGACUAACGUGCUUUAAAUGGUUGUAUUCAUGGCUUUGAACUUUUGCCUGGAGGCUGAACUCCCAGAUGUAAGAGCUGUGAAGGAAGGAAACACCUAUUUGUUUGCCUAUUUACCAAAUGUAGUUCAAGCCGUUAAGCAACCAUUGCGCUUCAUGUAUUCUUUCAUUCCAGAUUGGGUUUUGCAUGUUGUGUUUUGAUUGUAUCUAUUUAUUUGCAAUGCACAGACAGAGUAAGACUUCCGUUUUAAAAAACUUACAGCAGUUUAUA